GGGCUGUCCAUGCAAAUGAAGGGGGCGUGGGGAGCGUGUAACUCGGGGCCCCGGAAGAGCGGAGAAACCCCAUAUAAAAACUACUGGGGACAUUUCCCAGGCAGAACUACUAAAGCUCCAGAGACAGCAGCACCCGGGGCGGCCGGGCACAGCAGCUCCGCGCAGCGCAGCGCAGCACACGGCGCCGAGCAAGCCAGCAGGCGGAGCACAAGUAGCCAGGAGAAGCAGAAAGCGGGGCAGAUAGCGGCUCCCGGGUCGGGCGCGCUCCCAGGCUGGGCACAGGCGCAGCGCCGCUUUGCUGUCUCCAGCAGGCAACUCUCCCCCCAGAGCGAAGCAAGGAGACAUCUCGCAAAAGGGACGUACCAGGCUCCCGAGAGGAAACGGCUGCGGACCAUGGCUGACGAUGAAAUCGCCCGCAGCCCCAGCAGUAGCAGCUGCAGCGGGAGUGGGAAUUGCACGGGCACUUGCGGCGAGAACCCUCAUUGCAACGUGCUGAGCUGGGAACAAGUGCGGCGCUUGGAUCGCAUCCUGAGCGAGACCAUCCCCAUCCACGGCCGGGGCAACUUCCCCACGCUGGAGAUGCAGCCCCGGCAGAUCGUGAAGGUGGUGCGGAGCCGCCUGGAGGAGAAGUGCAUUGGGGUCCGAGACGUGCGACUCAAUGGCUCGGCAGCCAGCCACAUCCUGCACCAAGACAGUGGCCUGGGCUACAAGGACUUGGACCUCAUCUUCUGCGCAGACCUCAAAGGGGAAGCCGAGUUUCAGACUGUGAAGGACGUGGUCUUGGACUGCCUUUUGGAUUUCUUACCUGACGGAGUUAACAAGGAGAAGAUCACCCCGCUUACCCUCAAGGAAGCUUAUGUGCAGAAAAUGGUAAAAGUAUGCAAUGAUUCAGACCGAUGGAGUCUCAUCUCCUUGUCCAACAACAGUGGCAAAAACGUGGAGCUGAAGUUUGUGGACUCUCUGAGGAGGCAGUUUGAGUUCAGUGUAGACUCCUUUCAAAUCAAAUUAGAUUCCCUUCUGCUUUUUUAUGAAUGCUCAGAGAAUCCCAUGACUGAAACUUUUCACCCGACCAUCAUUGGUGAGAGUGUCUAUGGGGAUUUCCAAGAAGCCUUUGAUCAUCUCUGCAACAAGAUAAUUGCCACCAGAAACCCAGAAGAAAUCAGAGGAGGUGGCCUUCUUAAGUACUGCAACCUUUUGGGACACAAGAAGACAACAAACAAACAAAACAAACAAACAAACAAAAAAACACAAGCUUGUGAAUCAGUGGUGGAGAAAAUGCCCUAUUUUUUCCUUGGCAAAUACCUGUAUAAAGUUAAUAUUGUCAGUGUGAUGUUAUCAUAGGUACGUGUGUGUAUGUUUGUGUGUGCGCGCGUGUGUGUGUGUGUAUAUAAUAUAUAUAUAAUACACACAAACACGCACACACAAUGUAUAUAUUAAAUGUGGUCUAGGAAAAUGUAGCAAUUAAGGAAUGUUUAAAUAAAGUACUGUGUGUUUUCCAGUUUGCAACAGGAUGUCAUAGGACAGUGAGCACCUUGCAGAGAAUUUAUAACCCACACCUGAAAAUUUGCAGUAAAUGAACCAGUCAGGAUUAAGGUGGGAUACAAAUAAAUGUCUUUGGUUGCAAGAACAAAGAUUACAGUAAUUCAGUGAGUUGCUUGUGAGCCAUAAUAAUUCCACAAAUGGAUAAACAUUUGAUUAGCUGAUGCUUUUUUUCACAUUUUGUACUGUAAUACCAUUUUGACAUUUAACCCACUAAUUUUGUGACUGCAUACCUCCAUGAUGUAUAAUUCAGUGGAACGUGGAUCAAAGAUAGGCUAUUUAAACCCCCUGACAGCUAAAGAAUAUUGUAUUAGUUGGUCAUUUGAACACUAAUUGUUAAUAUUUAAAGGAAUAUUUUAAUAGAAUGCAUUAUGCAUUCCAGGACCACUAGAAUUUAGUAAAUGUGAAAUGAAUCAUUUUUAAGAGUGUUGCACGGUUGCUUAAAAUUAUAUUUUAUAUAUAUAUAUAUAUUAUAUAUAUUUUUAUGCAAAUAUUAAACAUCUUUGAUCUGGUUGUCACACUGCAUUUACAAGUUUAGUACUGUACUUUAUUUAAAUGGAAUCACUUUACAUUGGAACUAUAACUAUUCACUUUCGUUUCCUCGCCCAAGAGACCAGUGGAGGGUGGGGGGUGGGAAGAAAUCGACCGUUUCACUAUUUUCACUUCAGAGACAUCUCUUGGGGGAGGACUGGUUUUGAAAUUCUAGUGCAGUAUUUUCUGCAUCAUUUAAGUUUCAGGUAAAAGAAGAUUAUGUUUAAAAAUGUGUGUUUGGAAAGGGAACUGUUAUCCUGGAAGUGUGUUCUCCCCUUGUCAUUACAGAGCUACUAAGACAAGUUUAUUUUUGCUGCCCUUUGUACUUUUAUCUUUGAAGGCAAGUUUAACAGGAACCUGAUUUGUUUACUGAAGCACCUUUCUUGUGACUUCUUCAGGAAAUGGAAAAGCUAUUUCAUUGUGUUUACUUGGGAGUCUUUGUCCCCACCUUCUCUUUUCUUCUCUCCCUCCCUUCCACAUUGGCUGCAUUCUUUCCUCUCUCUCUUUGGUCAGGGGAAGGCCUUUCUUGAUUAAUUAUGAAAAGGAAGGGUUUGUUUCACAUGGCCUAUUACUUCAAGCUGUAGAUCAAGACUGUGAUGUACUUGUCAAACCCAGAGCAUUGCCUGUAGCUGUCUGAAGGGUUUUCUAACGGAAGCUAAGGGGAGGGCUGGGGAAAUAGGAUCAGCUGGUAAUGUGGUAUGUCCUCUCUUACCACAACUAUUUGCAGCAAAUAAAUGAGUCAUCUGCUAUUUAAAAGGGUUUGGGAAUCUAUAGCUGUGCCUCAACCACAAAAUGCUGAUAAUACAUGAGACAAUGUACUUUUCCUUUGGAGGGCAGCCUUUUUAAAAAAAAGUUUUGAUUUAUUUCCUCUUUCAGCUGAAAUUUUAUUACUUUUUAUGAUUGACAGCAGCUGUUCAUUUUGUAGUACAUGCAGCAGGGCUCAGCCUACUGCACCUUUCAGCAUGCACAUUUUGAUACAUAUAUAAUAUGUUUUGGGAUAUAUUAUAUAGGUAUUAGACCUAUUUUGCAUAUGUAAAUGAACAAGUGGUGGAACUGGUAGGGCUUUGUUUUCUCGGUGGCUGGUAGUUUUAAAAGGUGUCUGAUGUCAGUGGUGGGAAGGAGUCAUGAGUUCAGGCCAAGAGUAAAAUAAGAACAUCUUUUCAAAGCUGGAUUGCUUCUGUGGUUUGCACACCUUCCCCUUCAUAACGUCUGAUUUUUGUUUUUUUUCUCUCUCUUUCUCUCGCUUCAGAACACUAGUACUUUUACAGGAAAAAAGCUCUUGGUAUUCAGUAGGCUUCACUUUCCGAUCCAAUCAGCCAUUUCAGCUUAGAACUUGCUGAAGAAACAGUACUCCCUUUAAAAUGCUGAACUGAUUAAAAAGGUUGAUCUGAUUACAGUCAAACUGUUGUGUGACAGUUGGAUUUAUUGGUAAUCAACAGGGAGCUAAACUUGUUUUAAUAUAAAUAUAAUGAAACAUCUGAGAGCUUUGAAAUCAGAUUAUUUUCUGAUAUGUAUAAAACCCCCAAAAUGUAAGAACUUUCUCUUAAAAAUAGAAGGGAAAGUAAAAACACCAAUGAGAUCACACCAUAUCUUUCCUAACUCCUUUUUUUGUGUGUGCUUUAAAAACAAUUUGUUGCUUAUUUUACACAAAGUCCUUCAAGCAAAGCUUUAAAUCACAUCUUGUUAAAUGUUCUGCAUAUGAAGCGUAUUAUGUUGGAGGCUCAUGCCAGUUCAAAAGAAGGCUUUUUGUUGUUGUUGUUGUUGUUUCAUUGAGAAAAUGAAGUGUGUUAGGUAAAACUGCAGAUAUAAGAAAAGGAAAGAAAAUGUAAUGACAUAUUCAGCAUCUAUUUGAAUAUACUCUUUUGUAUGGUUUUCUUUUAGCAGACAAUUUCCACUGCAAGAAAGAAAAUCCGUGUACUAUCUUGCUGUUGUAAUAAUGGCUUGCUAACAAAGUAAAUAGCAAAAAAAAAAGGCCUGCAAAUUUCAAUACAGCUUGGUUGAAGCACUGCAAACUCUUGCAGUCUGUAGGAGGCUGUGCACAUUUGAUCUCCCUCAGAAUUCCAUACAACUGUUGCCUUCUGUGAGGCAUCCUGUUGCAGCAAAUUGCUCCUUGGAUUGCUCUUGUGGAACAUUUUGACUAUAGGCUCUGUCACAGACAGAAAAAAGAGCUGAUGGAAAACAGACUCUAAGAGCUGAAGUGUUUGCAUCAGUGCUAGAGGGAACAGAUUGUGAAUUUUGUUUACAGCAUCCAAUAUUUGGAUUUUUUUGUAAAUAAAAAGUUAUUUUUUUCUAUUGA